GACGCAAACCUGCGCAGAGAGAAGAUGAAAACAAUGGCUUCCUCUCUCACAAGCCCGAAGCUAUCUUCUCUCUCUUCCCCAACUCUUCAGACCCUCCUCUGCCAAAAGCCCCCUCUUUCUCAUUUACUCUGUUCCUCUUUUGUUUCUCUUCCCAAAACCCUAUUCUCUCUCUCCUGCCAUGCCCGCUUCCCUUCUCAAUACCAGCGCUGCUGCACCUUCACCGUUCGUUCCCAGUCUGAGAAUGGAACCGACGCUGCCCGCCGCUACGACUUCGACCUUUUCACUAUUGGCGCCGGUAGUGGAGGUGUCCGCGCCUCUCGCUUUGCUGCCAAUUUCGGCGCUUCAGUCGCUAUCUGCGAGCUCCCUUUCUCCACCAUCUCGUCCGACACCACCGGAGGAGUUGGCGGAACCUGUGUACUACGUGGAUGCGUGCCAAAGAAGUUGCUUGUCUACUCAUCAAAAUAUGCUCAUGAAUUUGAAGAAAGUAAUGGAUUUGGUUGGAAAUAUGAUAGCGAACCAAAGCAUGACUGGAGUACUCUGAUGGCUAAUAAAAAUGCUGAGUUACAACGUCUUACUGGUAUCUACAAGAAUAUUUUGAAAAAUUCUGAUGUCAAGCUGAUUGAAGGCCGUGGAAAGAUUGUAGAUCCUCACACAGUAGAUGUUGAUGGAAAGCUAUAUUCAGCCAGACACAUUAUAAUUUCGGUAGGGGGUCGUCCCUUCAUUCCUGAUAUCCCUGGGCGUGAAUAUGCAAUAGAUUCAGAUGCUGCCCUUGAUUUGCCUUCAAAACCUGAGAAGAUAGCUAUUGUUGGUGGUGGUUACAUCGCCUUGGAGUUUGCUGGUAUUUUCAAUGGUUUAGCAAGCGAGGUCCAUGUAUUUAUACGGCAGAAAAAAGUUUUACGGGGAUUUGAUGAAGAGGUUAGAGAUUUUGUUUCAGAACAGAUGGCGAUAAGAGGAAUUGAGUUUCAUGUUGAGGAGACUCCCCAAGCUAUCAUCAAGUCAGCUGAUGGCUCGUUGUCUUUGAAGACUAACAAAGGUACAGUGGAAGGUUUCUCACAUAUUAUGUUUGCAACAGGACGCACACCAAAUACCAAGAACCUAGGGCUGGAAUCUGUUGGUGUGAAAACAGCUAAAAAUGGAGCAAUUGAGGUUGAUGAAUACUCUCAAACAUCAGUUCCAUCCAUUUGGGCAGUUGGAGAUGUUACGGAUAGGAUGAAUCUUACUCCUGUUGCAUUGAUGGAGGGAAUGGCACUGGCUAAAACGCUGUUUCAGAAUAAUCCAACGAAACCUGAUUAUAGAGCCGUUCCUUCUGCUGUGUUUUCUCAACCACCAAUUGGACAAGUUGGUCUUACAGAGGAACAGGCUGUACAACAGUAUGGAAAUGUUGACAUAUUCACAGCUAAUUUCAAGCCACUUAAAGCUACUCUCUCGGGGCUACCCGACCGAGCUUUUAUGAAAUUAAUAGUCUGUGCGAAAACAAAUAAAGUUUUGGGUUUGCAUAUGUGUGGAGAAGAUUCACCUGAGAUUGUGCAGGGAUUUGCUGUUGCUGUUAAAGCUGGCUUGACCAAGGCAGACUUCGAUGCCACUGUGGGUGUUCACCCAACUGCGGCUGAGGAGUUUGUCACAAUGAGGACUACCACUAGGAAGAUUCGAAAGAGCAAGCCCGCUGAGGGAAAAACAGAUUCUGGAGUAAAAGCUGCGGCUGGGGUUUAAGUCGAGUCACCCCGCUGCAGUUGUUAUACAUGCCAGAAGCAGGCAGAGCCUAUCGUCAUUACCUGAAUUGGCGGGGUUGGUUGUAUUCAGUUUGAAGGUCGGAAUGAUCCCCGACGAUGGAGCUAUUUAAGGGAUUACGGGCCCAGAGGAGAGGUCCAUUUUUACGUUGUAAUUAGGCGGGACGAUGUUCAGGCUAGGAAGAAGCCGAAUUGAAUUUUUGAGCUGUUUAUGUUUCAUCAUGCCAUUUGUUAUUUAACUUGUGAAGUUGGUGACUAUCCCAACCGGGAAUGUACGCCUUGUUCAGCCUUGGAGCGUGUGCGAUUUUUAAACUUCUCUUGGUGUUGAAUUUUGACGAUUUGAAAUGCAGAGAGCUAAUGCAGCGGAGUCCAGGAAACAAUAGUCACGCC